GGACUUCUCUUUCUCUAGGGAGAGAGGGGGAUGUGUGUGUAUGUCUGUCUCUGUCUGUCACAAUCUGGCCUUCUGUCUGUCAGACAGUCUCACAAAAUGGCCCAUCAAGAGCCCCGCUGAUUAAAUCAAGACUUCCAUAACAAUUCCCAUUAUCACCUGCGUCAUAUACAACAGAGACACAUCCCUGACUCAGGGCUUAUCGAUAUGACCAUCCCGGAGCGCAAGCUGUGCUCGUCGACGCCAGGGCCUCACCAUCCCCAUCUGUCUCGGCGUCCUCAUGAAUAUUCGGUGUCUGGGGUGAUGACGUCGGGCCCCUCCCGGUAAGGAGAGUUUUGUAACAGGGUCACGUUGCGCUGCGGCACUGAACGAACAGAGCUCCAAACAGCAGCAGUCCACCGUCUACUCUCCUCUACACCGAAGACGACACCUGCCCAUAACCUAUUUAACUAGAUAACUACAAUAUUAUCAGGAUGCCUCACCAGUACCCAGCUCUGACCACAGAGCAGAAGAAGGAGCUGCAGGAGAUAGCAGAGAGGAUCACGGCUCCGGGGAAAGGAAUCCUGGCUGCAGAUGAGUCCACCGGCAGCAUGGGUAAGCGUCUCAACCCCAUCGGGGUAGAGAACACAGAGGAGAACCGUCGUCUGUAUCGCCAGCUGCUAUUCACGGCUGAUGAGAGAAUGGAUGCUUGUAUUGGUGGCGUGAUCUUCUUCCACGAGACUCUCUACCAGAACGCUGACGACGGGACCAACUUCUCCCAGCUCAUCAAGGACAGGGGGAUUGUAGUGGGCAUCAAGGUGGAUAAAGGUGUUGUCCCACUGGCCGGAACCGAUGGAGAGACCACAACCCAGGGUCUGGAUGGCCUGGCAGAGCGUUGUGCUCAGUAUAAGAAGGAUGGAGCAGACUUCGCUAAGUGGCGUAGCGUCCUGAAGAUCAGCGACAACACCCCCUCAGAACUCGCCAUCAUGGAGAACGCCAACGUACUGGCACGCUACGCCAGCAUCUGUCAACAGAACGGCAUCGUUCCCAUCGUGGAGCCUGAGAUCCUUCCUGACGGAGACCAUGACCUGAAACGUUGUCAGUACAUCACUGAGAAGGUUCUGUCUGCGGUGUACAAGGCCCUAUCAGACCAUCAUGUCUAUCUGGAGGGGACCCUGCUGAAGCCCAACAUGGUGACUCCUGGACACUCCUGCCCCCAAAAAUACACUAACGAGGAGAUCGCCAUGGCUACGGUCACUGCCCUCCGCCGCACCGUACCCCCUGCCGUCACAGGUGUGACGUUCCUGUCAGGGGGCCAGUCAGAGGAGGAGGCCAGUAUUAACCUGAAUGCUAUCAACACCUGUCCUCUGGGUAAACCCUGGGCCUUGACCUUCUCCUAUGGUCGUGCCCUGCAGGCCUCAGCCCUCAACGCCUGGAGAGGAGAGAGAGACAACGAAAAGGCUGCUGCCGAGGAGUUCCUUAAACGGGCUGAGGUGAACGGUCUGGCUGCCCAGGGAAGUAUGAGUCAACAGGAGACAGCGGAGCGGCUGGACAGUCUCUCUACGUGGCCAAUCACGCGUACUGAACAACCCAGGCCACGCCUACAUCACAACCCACCGCUGCAGCCCCUCCCCUCACCCACCAACCACAGACCUGCGUUGUCUACCGUAUUUUAGAAACAGCAUCGUUGUCGUGGCAACAUAACGAUGUGGUUAAUAUGAGUAUUAAUUAGUAUGGGGAGUUGAUGAUGAAGAAGAUGGUGAAGGGAGAGAGGGCGGUAUCAUGAAGAAGCUUUAUUAAGUCCCAAAUGGAAUCCUAUUCCUUAUAUAGACCUGGUCUAAAGUAGUGCACUAUAUAGGGAAUAGGGUGUAUAGACCUGGUCUAAAGUAGUGCACUAUAUAGGGAAUAGGGUGCCAUAGGGCUCUGGUCUAAAGUAGUGACCAACCAGAGAGAGGAUAACAUCAGAUAGGGACCAAUCAGAUACUAGAUUACAUCAAACAGUGACCAACCAGAGAGAAGAUAACAUCAGAUAGGGACCAAUCAGAUACUAGAUUACAUCAAACAGUGACCAACCAGAGAGAAGAUAACAUCAGAUAGGGACCAAUCAGAUACUAGAUUACAUCUGACAGACACCAGGGUGUGACGUGUUGAGUUCCAGUUAGGAAUGAGUAAGAAGAGAGGGAUGAGAGAGGAGGGAGAAAGAGGACAAGGAGGAGAGAGAGAUAGGGAGAGAGAGAGGAGAGAGAGAGUGAGAGGAGGGAGAGUGAGAGACAGAGUGAGAGGAGGGAGAGUGAGGGAGGAGAGGGAGAGGAGGGAGAGUGAGAGAAGAGAGGCAGAGGAGGGAGAAUGAGAGAGGAGGGAGAAAGAGGACAAGGAGGAGAGAGAGGGAGAGAGAGAGUGAGAGGAGGGAGAGGGAGGGAGGAGAGUGAGAGAGGAGAGGGAGAGAGAGGGAGAGAGAGGAGGGAGAGAAAGAGGGAGAGAAAGAGGUACCAAUGUCAGCUAGAGACUGAACACAAAGGGUAGAAGGACAGACAGACAAACAGCUAACCACUGACCACCAAGUCUCAUCCUCUAACCUCUGUCUUUUUCUCACACACCUAACUAUCUAGCUAUCAAUCAGUCAAUCAAUCGAUCAAUAAACUACUGAUAAUAACUUUAUUACUUGCCAUCUAAAACAGUUGCUGGGAAUGGCCAGUGUGUUUUAACAGUUUGUGUGAAUGGCCCAGUGUGUUGUCUAGGACUACUGCACUUCUCUGAUUAUAAUAAUAGCUUUAAAGUACACAAUCAAUGUGUUAUUAUGUGUUGUGUUGUGAGAGCGACCUUGUAGUUAUUAUGUGAUGCUUCUGUGUCUUACUCACCCCCUUACCCCCACCGGUGGAACAGUCCGGAGGUGAGGGUGAAUCCUAUUGGCUGGUCUGGGUGGAGUGUGGGGUUUGUAGGGGGGCCAGUAAGUCAGUCACGACUGUGUUGGAAUACUGUGACGUUUGUUGAUGUUCCUUUGUUUGUUUGUUGUUCUCUAAAGCGCUUGCUGUGAUGAAUAGUGGGGGAAAAAAUUAACAGAAAAUCUACAAUAAAUAUUACAAAAUAGUUAGAAACA